AUGGCGGAUCUUGAAAAGCUGCGCCUCAAGGUCGAGCCACAGCCACCGGCGUUUCCUUUCGUUGGCGAGCCAUUUGACAUCACCGUGUACAUGGUCGAUGAAGCCGGCGACCUCAAGACAGGGCUUCAAGUGCCGCUGCAACUACGCCUACUGGCGGGCGAGAAGCCGCUCGAGAACGACCAAGAUCUUAUUGUCGUGGAUGCGUCGACGCCGGCGGUCGUCGACGGCUCGGGCAUCUGCAAGCUGCGCAUGACGGUGCACACGUCGUCGGCGGCACACCAAAGCCAGCCGUUCCAGCUCGAGAUCACGCCCGCCGAUUCAGGCAUCGCGCCCGUGUUCACUUCUGCGAUGACCGUCGUCCAGCACCACCUCGUCGUGCAAGACGCGCUGCCCGACGUAUGGUACAAGGACGAAGGCAGUCGCGACAAGUGCCUCGAGAUCGCCGUGCACCUGGUCGAUCACACUGGCGCGCGCGUCAAGAACCGCCCGCUCCCGCUCACAAUGACGUUGCUCUACGAGAGCGGCGUCGUUGUCUUCAAGCAAGACAUCCUCAAGGUCUCGCCCGAGUCAGAGCGCGGCAUUGACGUCCACGGCCGCGCCCUUCUCCGCGUCCGCAUCGAAGACGUGAGUCGGAACCACCAGAGUCAGCCGUUCCGGCUCAAGAUCGAGCCCACCGAAAGCACCGACGUCGCGCCUGAUAUCACGUCGGCCAUCACAGUUCGGUCCAAGCGCAACAAGCGCCCGGCACAACAGACUAGCGAGGCGACGAUCGCCGACUUGGUUUCGGCUGAGGACAGCUGUGCGUCCUCGACCGAGUCGCCGCCCCGGAAACGGCACUGCCGGGACGAGCGCGUGAUACCACCGAGCUUGUCGCGCGUUCUGCAAUGGACGCGAUCGGUGCUCAAGGGCUUUGAAGCGCUCGAGUGGCAACAAGUUGGCUACGAAACGCAUGUCGACGGGUCGCUCGACUACCGCCGGCCGCUGUACCGAUGCCCGGCGUGCUGGCGCUACAAGGACAUGCUCACGUACAGCUCGCAGCACCACGCGCCCCACUGCGUCAUUGCCAACGCCCUCUUGACGUACGCGACCGAGACCGUGUACGACUAUGAAGCGCUGUUGCAGCAGCUGCAGCCAGCUACCGAGCCGCCGACCGAGACACGGUCGCCGUCGCUUAUCGUGACGUACGAAGAGCACGUGUUUUGUAUUGUGGCGCAGCUUGCGGUGCUCAGCGCGGGUGCUUGCGUCGGCUUUCCCGCGUUCGACAGCGCGUUUAGCCUUGUCGGGUUUUACCAAGCGGUGACGACAACGACGACAAGCAUGGUGUUUUGCCCGCUCGCGUCUGUCCCGAGCUUGACGCGUGCGGACGUCGAUCGCCUCGAAAUGAGCACGCACCACGCCCUCUUUGAACUGAGCCCGGCGCUCUUCCGCUUGGACGCGUUUGGCGGCGACUUGGAGAAACUCAAGGAGCGUGCGUUGCUCUACUUUUGGGAGUCGAACCUCGUCGCUGCAUGACGAUAUAUCAUACAAUAGUAGUGUAGGGAAUAGUAGUGUAGGGAAUAGUUUCUAAGUGUUGCCAUGCAAGUUGUCAUCUUGUUCGUGAA